AUGGAUCUAGCGCUUCCGCUGGGGUCGGAUGAACUGCUGGUGCCAAAUGAACUCAAGCAGCUGUUCACAUCUGGCUGCGAGUCAAAUAAUCUUUUCUUGACGUCGAAUGAUGUUAAAGACCUUGAAAAGGCAAUAGACGCGUUCAGCCAAGUCAUUGCGGCGUUAACAGAAGAGGAUGGCUUACGAGCAGACACACUGCGUCAAAUGGGAUUAUCAUAUGUCAAGAAGUAUGAGAUCUCGAGACAGGUGUCAGACCUGCGGCAUGGCCUCGAUCUUUAUGAGAAGGGCAUCGAUACGAUGGAGGUCAACUUUGCUCUACAAGCUGACUACCAGAGUCGCCUUGCAAUGCUGCAUCGGUUUGCAUUCUCUGAAACGGCAGACAGCUUGAACCUUGAACGAGCCAAACAUUUCGGAGAACGAGCUGUUGGUAAUGGAUCUUCUAGGCCUGUUGAUCAAGCUCAAUAUCUCACAAAUCUCAGUCGGAUUUUUGAUACCUCGUAUCAGAAAACGGGAAAUUUGGAAGAGCUUAAUCAUGCACGAGAGCUUUCUGUAAAAGCGGUGGACCUGCGGCCAUCAACGUCAACCGCUUUCUUUGAAGAGCAUCUAACUCAGUUGGGCUUUGUGACUCUGGGCAGAUAUAUGGCUACGGGUGCGAUUGCGGAUCUCGGCCGAAGUAUUCAGAUUUACGAGAGCGCUUAUUUCAAUUACCCGUCAUUUCGCCCGGAGUGGCCGGAGCUGCAGAUGAAUCUAAGUCUCGCCUAUCGUCUCCGGUUUCAGCGAACACACACCCCCGGGGAUCUGGAGCAAUGCGAAAUGCUCUCACGCAGGGUGAUUGAGUUGAAAUCAGAUCCCGUGUAUCAAGGGAAGGCAUGGCAGCAACUUGCGCUUAUAAGCAUGGACCAAUACGAGAGGGUCAAGGCAAUCAGCUCGCUCGAAGCCAUUGAGCAUGUGGACACUGCGAUUCAGAACUUUAGAGAGGCUCUCCGAGUCACUCCCCCAAGCAUUGCAGCUCGCCAAUCAGAGUACCUGUCGAAUCUUGGGGUGGCAUACAUAGCUAGAUACAAGAUGACGGGAGCAGCAGAAGACCUAGAUCAAGCUGCGGACACCUAUCAGAAAGCGAUUCAAAUCAAGCCCGAAUCUGAGAGGGAUAACUCUCUUUCCGCUGGCCUGGCGACAGUCUUUGAGCUAAGAAGUGGUCAAGGAAGCAACGCUGAUGACAUACAACAGGCGCUUGAUCUACUCUCGGUAACGCUUGAAAACUCUUCGGUUCCUUUACAAAGCAGAGUCGAGGCAGGCAUGAGGAUGAUGUAUCUUAAGGCAUCUACCGGGAAAUGGGACGAGGCAAAUCGAGUUUCGAACAGCAUUUUAGGCCUGAUACCGCUUCUGACGCCUCGGUUUCUGGGCGUCGCGGAUAAGCAACAGUUGCUGCGCAGCCUUACUAGCUUCGCUUCUGACGCGGCGGCGGUAGCUUUGAUGGCAGAUCAGAGUGCUUUUGAGGCUCUGAGUAUCAUUGAGCUUGGACGAGGGGUAAUACUCGGUUCUCUCAUUGACCUGCGAAGCGACAUUUCCGAGCUGCAUGAGAAAUACCCCGAUUUGGCAGGGAAAUUUAUUGAGUUGCGUGAUCGGAUUGAUGCUCCAAUUCCUUCUACACAAGCAUAUUUCAUCGAGCUUCAGCGAGCCCGUCAGAAGAUUCGCGAGCUUAGCCAGCGAGUGCGCGAAAUGCCUGGGUGGGAAACGUUCAUGAACUCGGCGGCCGAAGAUGAGGAACUGACCCCGACAGAGUGGGAGCUCAGAAUGGACGUGGAUGAUCUCGCGGAAGACUACCCUGACCUGGCGAGCGAGUUUUACGAACUCAUGGACCUCAUCGACGAGCCCAUGCCCUCGAUUGAGGACAAAAUGAGCCAAAGAAAUAGCUCCAGUGAGGAAAUUGAACGUUUAAUCCGGGAGAUUCGCGGAAUGCCUGGAAUGGGGCGCUUCCUUCUGGCCCCAGCAGAGACAGAAAUUGCAAGUGCUGCUAAAGAAGGGGCCAUUGUCGUCAUCAACAUAAGUCAGUACCGGUGUGAUGCUUUUGUCAUAAAUGACGGCCAGAUCGGAGUUGUUCCGCUCCCCGGCGCAGGUUUGCUGGAUGUCCAGGACUUGGCAAAGAGGCCCUUAGAUGACGAGUGCGUCUUGGAGUGGCUAUGGACCACUAUUGCCCUGCCAGUACUUGACAGCCUCGGGAUUAUUCAAUCGACUGGAUCCUCAUGGCCUCGUAUCUGGUGGAUUCCUACUGGGCCUUUGGCUAGUUUUCCAAUCCACGCAGCGGGCUUUCAUCGUGAUACACCUGGCAUGAGCGUGCUCGACCGAGCAAUUUCAUCUUACAGCGUUUCCGUGAGAGCAAUCAUCCACAAUAGACAAUAUCGUGCAAGACACAAAGCCAACCAGAAGCCCCACAAGGCUACGCUUGUCAGUAUGCCCAAGACUCCCGGACACGCCUCUCUUGGCUUUGUAGACAAGGAAAUGAAGGAAGUUGAACGAAUAUGUUCAUCCCUGCGGCUUUCAGUCACGAAGCCAGAGACUAUCCGAAACAGCGUGCUAGAGGCUUUGAUUGAUUGCGAUGUAUUUCACUACGCUGGGCACGGGCGUACAGACGCGCUGGAUCCAUCUCAGAGCGGUCUGCUCCUCUCUGACUGGAUGAAGACGCCCUUGACAGUAGGAACCUUGCUGGACACGAAUAUUCAGCAGAGACGUCCAUUUCUGGCGUACUUAUCGGCUUGUGGCACCGGUCGUGUGCGCAAUGAAGAACUCAUUAACGAGGGCAUUCACUUGAUUAGUGCAUACCAGCUUGCUGGCUUUCGUCACGUCGUCGGGACGCUAUGGGAGGUGAAUGACGAGAUUUGCGCAGAAAUGGCAGCAGGCGUGUACGAAGUAAUGUGCGCCGAAGGGAUGUCGGAUAUCUCCCCUUCUCAAGGUCUACAUCAGGUCUGUAGGAAGCUGAGAGCACGUUGGCUCCGUGAGAUGGAUAUGCGGUCAAUGGGCCUCGAACGAGAAGGGGACAUUUCAAAGAGGUUGGAUUCAAAAAGCAACCAGAUUUCUGCGGAUGUCGGCAUCGAGAAACAUGGGAGAGACGCGAUAUUGGACGAAGAGGAUCAGACAGGGCCUUUGCAUUGGGUGCCUUACGUUCACUACGGGCUAUAG